UUAAUUUGAAAAUAUUUACAUACCACAGACCGCAAACACCAACCGUUUUUGUUUUUGAGUUAAGGCCAAAAAACGUUUAUUCUAUACUGCAAACUGCAUUGAAAGUGCGUUCAUUCUUUCACCACCUGCAAGUGUUGUUGUAGCAAAUUGAUUUAGAAAAGAAAGCGAAGAGCAGCUCCAUAAAAUUGCUGGCUGGAUCAAGGACACGAAGGCGUCAUCAAGGAAGUAAAAUAUCAGCGCACACGCACGCCCGCACGCACACCUACAACUGAAAUAACAAGAACAGCGAAAUCACAGGCCUUGGCGCAUUUGGCAAUGAAACUGUGCACAGGCAAUGUGCUCCAGACUUGAAGGUAGUCAACAGCUCGAGCUGCGCCCCAUGGCGAACGAACGAAGCAAACUGAACAAAACAAAGGAAGAAAUCAGCAAAUUAAAUUACGAGCUAAUCGAAGAAUGCAAGCGCAGUCACGAGGACUCGGUGUUGUCGCGCCAUCUUCGCCAAGAACUUGAGAAACACCCUCGUGAAUAUAGACGUGAUGUUGUCAAAAAGCAGCGCAGUGGUUGCGCACCGCUCUUCAUCGCAUGUAAACGGGGCGCGGUUGCUAUUGCCGAGUACUUAAUAACUAUAUGUGAGGCGGACAUCGAACAGCGGGGUCAUUUCGAGGCGCCAGAGGAUAAUAGCUUUCACUAUGUCUCACCGCUUUGGGCGGCCGUGGUAUCCGGGAAACUGCCAAUGGUCAAGUAUCUGGUGCGUAUCGGCUGUGAUAUUAAUGCCACGUCGGAUUCGGGAUCAACACCUGUGCGCAGCGCGUGCUACAUGACACACAUCGACAUUGUGAAAUUCCUGGUCGAGAACGGAGCUGACAUCAAAAAGCCGAACAUCAAUGGAGGGACAUGUCUCAUUAACUCCGUACAAUCAGUGCAGCUAUGCUUAUAUCUCGUCCGAAAGGGAGCAGAGAUAAACGCCCGGGACAUACAGGAUAAGACUGCCCUACACUAUGCCAUACAGGAGCACAGACUGGAUACCACAAAGAUGUUAAUCGAACAGGGUGCUGAUCCAUUUGCCAAGAGUCGCUACGGCGACGAUGCGCUGCGCACAGCGUGUCUAAAAGGCGCCCAUCAAAUAUUCGACUAUCUGAAGAAGGAAUUGAGCUAUGAACCUGUACGUCUGGCCGAGGCACAUGAGCUGAUGGGCUCGACCUUUCUGGAUGAGCACAACGAGUCACGUGUUUGCAUUCUCCAUUGGCGCAUGGCACAUCACAUAAGGGCAGCACCAUAUACGCCUUACAUUGAGAAGAGUCCAAAGGUACCGUUGCGCGAUGCAUACGAGAAUGCUGUAGAGUUCGCCACACUUGAGGAGCUGGACAACAUUGGCACAGACAUGGAUGCUAUGCGCACGCAAAGUCUGCUAAUCUGUGAGCGCAUUUUGGGCCUCACACACAAGGACAUGCUGUUCCGUUUGACCUUUCGUGGUGCCUCGUAUGCUGACUCCUUGCAGCUCCAGCGCUGCAUUGAUCUUUGGCGUUUUCUGCUGGAGGUGCGCGUAUCAAACUGGUCCAUACUGCAUUUUGAAACGUGUUUUGCCGCCCAGGCGCUGGUGCGCCUAAUGCUCGAUCUACACGUUCGGAAUUCCAGUCACAUCCGCAGCGAUGCGCGCGCCCGUUAUCUCCACCAGGACAAUCUGCUGCCACGUUUCGAGGAUGUGCUUGGCGUAUUUCGAACGCUAGCUGAGAGCGCUGUAGAGGUGAAGCAAUUGCUGCAGGUGAGGCCCGUCUUCCGUCGACAGCAGGAGAACUUCGACCGGGUGAUGCGCUGCCUGGCCCAUCUCAUUUAUCUGCUGAUCAACACCGUCCAAACUGAGGCUCAACACAGACAGACCUACAAUGCCGUUCAUGAAACGAUCGUAAUUGGCAAUCUGCGUAGCGCUAGCACCGCCGACACGCUACUUCACCUGUGCGUCUCACGUCUAAAUGUGAUAAAGAGUGGCUACAUCACCGACGAAAAUAUUGUCGAUAAGACUGUGUUCCCCAAUGCUGACGUAAUUAAGCUGCUCAUUGAUUGCGGUAUAGAUGUCAACACCAAAAACGAAGCCAAAUCUACGCCCCUACAUGUUGCCUGCCAGCCCUACAAUUAUGAUAAUGAGAUUGUGCAUCUACUUCUGAAGUGCGGAGCCGACAUUGACCAGCCGAACCGCGCCGAUGAGCGACCUUAUGACUCCAUUGCCUCCAAUCCCACCAACACCAUACCACUGCUCAACUACGUGUCGUUGCAAUGCCUGGCUGCGACGGCCAUUAGUAAGCAUAAGAUAAUCUAUCGACAGCAUCUGCAUAAAAAGUUGGAGCAAUUUGUGCAGCAUCACGAACCGUAGGUUUCUUCGAGCCUCUACUUCUCUUUUGUUGCAGUGAAGGGCGCUUUGACGUGUCUCUAUUCAAAAUUGUAGUGUUUUAGCAUUAACCCAUUCUUUUUCUUUAGCCAUAUGUGUGUGUUUUGUCACAUGUCCAAAAUUAACCAGUGUGUACGUACUCUCUAUCUCUACAUUGUUAACAGAGAAUUUCGGCUUAAUGUAGUUUAACUCAAAAACGAAAACAAAAACAAAAAUACAGCAUGAAAAAGUGUAAGCGAUAAAAGUGAUAUUAAAGCUGUAUAGAAAAGUAAACUAAAAAGUAUAUAAAUUAUUAAGAUUUUAGAAAACUUACAAAUCAAGAACGUACUCAAAAACGUAUGCCCAGCUUUUCAAUUAGAUCUUAGAUAAUAUGAUAAGAGGGAACCGAACCGAAAGGAAAAUAACACGUAUUAAUGCCAAUAAAGUUUAUACAUUAUCUACAUAUAUAUGCCUAAAAAAUAUAUAUAUAUCUAUAUACACAGAUAAUUGUAUAGAAUAACUAAUUUAUCACUUGUUGAAAAACUGAAAGGUACUCAAAACAUUAAAUGCAAAUGGUAAAUGUUAAAUAUGUGACAGCGCCAAAAAAGCGAAAAAAAAACUCAACUCCUAUGGCUGGCUUUAAAUUUAAAAAUGUUGGUUUACAACCAUUGCCUUCUAUCAUUUCUAAUGGUACUUACAUAUAUGUAGAUGCAUACCCAUGUAAAACCAAUGUUUAUGUUAAAUCAAAUUUAAGCAUUUCGCGUUUAUUGUUCGUUCACGCAAAGAUAUUGUAUAUAAGUAUUUUCAAAAAUGUGUAUGAGUUGAGUUUGUACUGUAUUGGCACUUACGUAGGUGCGGAAUCGAAUUAAAAUUGAAUUUGAAGUUA